GUGUACGCCCCUAAGUUCACACUUCCUCUGUCGCGUCACUACCACAUCUGGACAUCUUCCUGUGCAGCCUGGAGAUCAGUAUUGUGAGGAGUGUCUGUGGAGCUCAGAUGAGAAUAUAAAGAAAGAUUUGUCUCUGAGCUUUAUUGGUGACCACACAAGAACAGCCAUGAAGAUUGCAGUGGAAGGAUGCUGUCAUGGUGAGCUCGAUAAGAUCUAUGAGACUAUCCAGUUCCUGGAGAAGAAAGAGAACACUAAAGUUGAUCUCCUGCUCUGCUGUGGUGACUUUCAGGCCGUGAGGAAUGAGGGCGACAUGAAAUGCAUGGCUGUGCCCCAAAAGUACCGCCAGAUGCAGACUUUUUACAAAUAUUAUUCUGGAGAGAAGAAGGCUCCGAUACUUACACUCUUCAUUGGCGGGAAUCAUGAGGCCUCCAAUCACCUCCAAGAGUUGCCCUAUGGAGGCUGGGUUGCACCAAAUAUUUACUACCUAGGAUAUGCUGGGGUAGUGAAAUACCAAGGUGUAAGAAUUGGAGGUAUUUCUGGAAUCUUCAAAUACCAUGAUUAUAGAAAAGGUCAUUUUGAACACCCUCCAUAUUCCAAAGAUUCAAUUAGAAGCGCUUACCAUGUGCGGAACAUAGAAGUCUUUAAACUCAAACAGAUAAAAGAGCCCAUGGACAUCUUCUUGUCUCAUGACUGGCCCCGUAGUAUCUAUCACUAUGGUAACAAGAAUCAACUGUUAAAGAAAAAAGACUUUUUCAGACAAGAGGUAGAAAAUAACACCCUGGGCAGCCCGGCAGCGGCUGAACUUCUCCACCAUCUCCAGCCGUCGUACUGGUUUUCAGCUCACUUGCAUGUCAAGUUUGCUGCUUUCAUGCAGCACCAGCACAAAGGAGAGCUACCCAAAGCAACCAAAUUCUUGGCACUAGAUAAGUGCUUGCCACGUCGGGAAUUUCUCCAGAUUGUUGAAGUGAAGCAUGACCCCAGCAAAUCCAACUGCUUGGAGUAUGAUAUUGAAUGGUUGUGUGUCCUGAAAGCUACUAAAGACCUUCUUAAUGUAACUUCAAAUACAUGGAACAUGCCUGAGAACAAUGGUCUACAUAGCAGGUGGAAUUACAGUUCUACAGAACAAAUGAAGCAAGAAGUCUUGAAAGAUAUGGGCCAUGACCUUACUAUCCCAUGCAACUUUAGUGUCAGCAUUCCUUGCUAUGACCCAAACAAUCCUCAGCACAAGAGAGUGCCUUCUCACAUUAUUAAUCCCCAGACCACCGAGUUCUGUGCCCGUUUCGGACUUAUUGACAUCAAUGCUAAAGUCGGCCAGCUAGAUGAUGAAGGGGGAGAGUUUGAUGCUGCAGAAGAUAACGACGCAGAGAGCAGUGGAUCCACAGAAGAUCCCAGUGAAUACAGUACUGACACUUCUAUCCUCUCUUCUUCAAUUAAUCCUGAUGAGAUCACUCUGGAAGAUGAAGAAGAUGAGGAAGGCGUCUCUGUGCGGUCUUUGGAGCCCUCUCCAGAACAUUGCCCAAGCCUCUCUGGUUUCCGUGUUCUGCCAGAGUCCAUGGCUAUUUCCUCAGAUGAUGCCAUGGAUUCAGCCAACGAUGAUCAGGAACGUUCGGAGAGCAGUCACACUGAAGGCGAAGGAAAGAACCCAGAAAAGCAACUUAAGAGACUGAGCGAAGAGAACGGUCGAGGUAGUGUGAAGAUUAAAAGGAGAAAUCAGGCCCUCUACACAGGUCAGGAUGAUGAAGCAGAGUAGCCAGAUAGGAUCUUUCUCUGGACUGUGGACUAUUCAGACUGCUUUAAAGCCAUCAUUGACUUGCUGGUAGCAUCUCUGGCACAUGGUCUUGUUUUGUGGCCAGCGUCAAAAUUCAUUUACUUUUUACUGUUUUAAUACGGUCAACAUAGACUAUCGUCUGACUGAAGAUGAUCAGGUAUUCUAUUAGUUACAGUUUUUAUACUUUUUGUUGCAAUUGAGUGGCUCCAUCCAAAAUGAAUUUUUCUUUUAGUUGGAGUGGGAGCUGGGGUUCAUUUUCCAAUCUCCAGCACAGGAUCAAACCCUGCUCCUUUCCAUCAAAACUGGAAAAAUGUGUUUUUGUGGAGUUGCCCUUCUAAGUUCCAUUACAAUUAUUAUGCAGCCCUAUGGGGGGGAAAUUGUGUAUAUAUUUAAAGUUUUUUUAAUUGUAAAUUUUUUAUUUUAAUGUUCUGGGCAAAAAAUGUCAAAUAAAUCGGGACUGUUUGGGGAAAAACA